UGGCAUGCAUCUAAACUUUUUAAAAUUUUUUGCCCCACCAAGAUUUACAUGCUAAAAUCGUCACUGGGUACAAUGGUAGUACCAUCAUACUUCAAAGCUAAAACCAUGGUACAUUUCCAUGACUCAGACUAUACCAUGGUAUAAGUGAAAGUAUCAUAGUAGUACCAUGGUAUGAAUGAAAGUACCACAAGUAGUACCAUGGUACAUUGUAAGGGUCAUGUUCUUCUUCUUCUUUAAAGUUGUAUGGCAGACUACACCUGUUGGUGUAUCGCCGCCACCUACCGUACCGGGUAUUGAAACAAAACAUAUUCUAUUUCGGGAAGGGGGCACGACAUAAUACAAAAAUAAAUUAAACAACCGUCCCACUCAUUCAGUCACAGUUUAAAUCACAUCCCGACACAGGCUCAGGUGCCGACAAGAUUCCUUGUAAUGCCUCUGCAGAAAAACCUCUUAGCCCCCCAAAAACGCUCAUCAGCAGUCACAAUGUACAGGAUCUGCUCGCUUGUGCGCAGACUCCUUUCUCUGUUUCCUGUCCUGUCUCAUGUGCUGCGUUCUGCGCAUGGCAUGUGUGAGUAAAGCAGAAUCGCUCACAAACUAGGUCACACACUUCACAGCACAGCGGCAAAUACAAUUUAUCCAAAGAUGUUGAUGUCAUGUCUCCGAAAAGCCUGGCAUCCGACAACUUUAUUCUACUCGAUCUUCAAGUUAUAUGCCAACAGAGAUUAACCAUUCAACCAUAAAAGCACGUGAUUAUGAGACAUGUAAACAAGCACAGCUAAAUCGACUAUCAAGAAGGAAGGUAUAGAGCCCCAGAUGUCCUGAGAAGAACAUCAUCAUGACUGAAGAUAAGAGGAGCAGAGCAGGAUCUCAGCCUCAUGAAACCCAGCGUGGGACAGUCUGAGACAGAGUUACAGCCUCUAUGCUUCUGCAUGUGGACAAUAUGCUAUCACUGGGUUAUCAUAUGUGUCAGGCUAAGACUGAGCCUACUGUUGACACAACCUGUGCUUCCCCUACUGACAACAACACAGUCACAACCAGGCUCAAAAACACUGACCUCAACACAGAGAACUCCAUCACUGACACACACUCCAAUCCUAAUUCUGACACAGACAAUAUGGCUGUUCCUGGUUCAGAUAUGAUAGUUACCAAAGAGACUGAUCCCAGUGCAGUCAAGAGUCAGCUGACCAGACAGGAGGGUGAGGAGUCAUGCCAGCCUUCUAGUAUGCCACUGGGCUGGGUGAGAGUGGUGAGGCAGAGGAAAAGUGGGAAGACUGCAGGAAAAAUUGACAUCUAUAUAACAAGUCCCCAGGGACGGAGGUUCCGGUCCAGGACGUCUCUUCAAGCCUUCCUUCUCAAAGAUGCAGGAGGGGGUCUACAGAUAGAUGACUUUGACUUCACCAUUGCCAAGAGUGGCAGUGUAGCUGUGACCCCACUGCCCAGCCAGGAGAGACAGAGGAAAGGUCUUCAGGAACACACACGUCACACCUCAGAGGCCAAUAUCAAAGAAGACAGGCAGGACACAGAGGAGAAUAUGGAAAAGGAGGGUAGAAUAUUAGGCCUGCCUUCAAAUAACACAAAAAGAGCCUCUUCCGCAAAAUCCUGCAAGCUGAGAACCAGACCCAGAGACAAGGGAACGAUAUCAACUCAGCAGAGGCCUGACAGGCCUCCCUUGGCAAGGGGGAAUCACAGACAGGCAGCUGGGAGAGGCACAGAAAGGGGCCACCCAUCAGACACAGAUGAAGACAUCAAAGAGCCAAACAUACAAGCCUCUGUGAGAAGGGGUGAUGAUGAGACUGAGAGGCAUUUGAAGGUCGUGGCAGUAGUUGAUGAUGUCAUAUUGGAGAAGAGCCCCCAGAGGAGGCCGGGGCUGCUGAGAGAGAAGCUGCUCAGGCUGGCCCCGCCCACUGAGCUACAAGACGCUCUCGUUGGUCGAGGAGAGCAGCUUCCUGUGUCACUGUUACUUGUCCCAGUCCUUAGGGUGCAGUCUGCUUCUGAGAGCGAGGGGAAGGCUGAGUCUGAAGGUGUGGGAGUGGGGGAGACUGAGGGAGUGGAGGAUAUAGAGGCAGAGGUGCAUGAAGAAGAGCUGCCAUCAUCUCCCCAGACCACUGGAGGGCGAUGUACACCAUUAAAAGAUUCCCAGAGCAAACUGUUAGGAGAGAAACGGAAGACCAGUCCUUAUUUCAGUCGAAAGUCAUUGAGAGAUGGUCUGAGCCCCCCCAGGAGGAAUGCCUUCAGGAAGUGGACCCCUCCUCGCUCCCCCUUCCACCUGGUGCAGGAGACUCUUUUCCACGACCCCUGGAAACUCCUGGUAGCCACCGUGUUCCUCAACAAGACCAGCGGUAAGAUGGCCAUCCCGGUGUUGUGGCAGUUCUUUGAGCUUUACCCAUCAGCGGACGAGACCAGGAGGGCAGAGUGGAAGCCCCUGUCUGUGCUGCUGAGGCCUCUGGGCCUGUAUGAACUCCGAGCCAAAAUCAUCAUCAGGUUCUCUGAUGAAUACCUGAACAAGCAGUGGCGCUACCCUAUAGAGCUGCAUGGGAUUGGGAAGUACGGCAAUGACUCCUACAGGAUCUUCUGUGUAGAGGAGUGGAGACAGGUUGAACCCCAUGACCACAUGCUGAACAAGUACCAUGCUUGGCUGUGGGAGAACCAUGAGAGGUUGGGAAUCUGAAUGAUGAGGAACUGCAAUGUCACAUUUUAACACAACAUAUUUUAUCAGUGGAAGAAUGUUCUAGUUCUUAAAUCAUAAGGCUUAUAACCUGAUAUCUCAGUAUCUCUCUUGGAAAUGAUCCAAAGACUAUGUACUGAUCCCUGCUCCUCUCAAGACUAAGUAGUAACAUUCCAUUGUCUGAACAGUCAAAAAACAAUUGUUACUCAACAUGAUUGUAU